GGCCGGCUGAAGGGCAGGCAGCGGCGCUCGCCGGACAGCAGCCGGAGGAGCGGCUCGCCUGAGAGACGGAGCCCCAGCUCCCCCGGGCCCCGAGUGGAUAGGCCAAAAUCCCAGCAAGUUCGAACCUCUGGUACCAUAAGGCGAACCUCUUCUCUGGACACAAUAACAGGACCUUACCUCACAGGACAAUGGCCACGUGAUCCCCAUGUACACUAUCCUUCAUGUAUGAAAGAUAAAGCUACUCAGACACCUACCUGUUGGGCAGAAGAAGGAUCAGAAAAGCGAUCGCAUCAACGGUCAGCUUCAUGGGGGAGUGCUGAUCAACUAAAAGAGCAGAUUGCCAAAUUGAGGCAGCAGCUCCAACGCAGUAAACAGAGCAGUCGUCAUAGUAAAGAGAAAGAACGUCAGUCUCCUCUCCAUGGCAACCAUAUAGCAAUCAGUCAGACUCAGGCUUCUAUCUCAAGGUCAGUCCCUAUGCCACUGUCGAACAUUUCAGUGCCAAAAUCAACCAUUUCACGUGUGCCGUGUAAUGUAGAAGGAAUAAGUCCUGAAUUAGAAAAAGUGUUCAUUAAAGAAAACAGUGGGAAGGAAGAAGUAUCUAAGCCCUUGGAUAUACCUGAUGGUCGAAGAGCACCUUUACCAGCUCACUAUCGUAGCAGUAGCACACGUAGCAUUGAUACACAGACUCCAUCUGUUCAAGAACGCAGCAGUAGCUGCAGCAGCCAUUCACCAUGUGUUUCACCUUUUUGCCCUCCUGAAUCUCAGGAUGGGAGUCCAUGCUCAACAGAAGAUUUACUGUAUGACCGGGAUAAAGACAGUGGGAGUAGCUCACCGUUGCCCAAGUAUGCCUCAUCUCCCAAACCAAACAACAGCUACAUGUUCAAACGAGAGCCCCCAGAGGGAUGUGAGCGAGUGAAGGUCUUUGAGGAAAUGUCGUCUCGUCAGCCUGUCUCAGCCCCUCUCUUUUCAUGCCCUGACAAAAACAAGGUUAAUUUCAUCCCGACCGGAUCAGCUUUCUGUCCUGUAAAACUUCUGGGUCCCCUACUACCUGCUUCUGACCUGACGCUCAAGAACUCUCCAAGUUCUGGUCAAAGCACAGCUUUGAGCACUCUGACUGUUGAGCAGCUUUCAUCUCGGGUCUCUUUCUCAUCUCUGUCAGAUGACACCAGCACAAUGGACUGUACAGAGGUCUCAGUACAACAGCCAUCCCAACAGCAGCAACCGCUUUUGCAGGACCUUCAGACUGAAGAACACUCCUCUCCUCAAAGCUAUGCGUUAAUUUAGAUCAUGGUGGAGCAGGCCUCUGCCCUUAAACAAGGAUUGGGGAUAGCUCAAAUACAUCUGCAUGGAGUGGCAACCUUUUUCAGAACAAAACAAAAUACUUAUCAGCAUCUUAAAAAUAUCUAAACACUGUUGUUGGCAGGGACAGAACUCAUAGCGUUCUUUGGUUUUGUUUUUCUUUUUUUCUGUGAAAAAGCAGUAAUGCCUGCAGAACUCAUGUAUCAUUAAGCAUUUUAAGUGGAGACUAUGCAUUUCAUAGUAUGUUUGACCAGAUUAGUACUGUGUCCUGUGUUCUGUUUCAGAUUCUACAGUAUAAAUAAGCUCUAUAUCAAAAAAAAAGUUGCCUGUCUGAAUAGAAAAUGUCUUGCUGUGUUGUGUCCUAUGGAAAAUACUGUACUUCAGGAUUAUGUUUACAAUUGAUCCAGGUGUUUGUUUCUAACUUCUGUAAUACAUACAAUGCAAAAAAAAAUGGCCACAACAGUUGCACAGUGCCCACCCUAUGGCCUAGCUUCAGGUACUUCUCUCGAAGUCUAAACUCAGGUAACUUGGAAUGUAUAUCAUAUUGGGAUAUAAAAUAUUUUACAGCUAAAAAUCUAAAGAGGGAACAUCACUCUUUUGCCUUUCCUUAUUUUAUGCAUUAAUAUUUCCUCAUUACAUUCCACUUUCUUGGAAUAAGUGCUUUCAAAUCCAGGAGAAUGAUUACCCUGGACGUGGGUGAACAUGAGGAGAACCAGCAAAUCUGUGAUGUACAUCACUUUCUCAUGUGGUUACAAGUAAAACAACUGUUGCAUUUAUCGUCAUUUCAAUAUAUGUGAAAUGUGGCAUAUAAAAGGUUUCAGGUGUUGCUCAGUUAAUGACUGUUAAGCUGUUGCAAUUAAAGUGUUCAGUACUAGGCUGUACAUAAGAAACAUUCCACGUUGUAUGUGAAGGGAUCUUAAAUGACAAGAAUGUUUUUUUCUUUUGUUUGUUUAACUUCAGAAAAUUCUUUCAGGUUUCACAGGGGGUGAUGGGGAUUUCCUUUCAUGUUCGUGUUGGCAGUUCAGGAUGUGAAAUGCUACUGUUACCAUCUAAACGUUGAAUUAAUGUUUAGUUUCUCUUUUGGAAAUGUUCAUUCAUUUGCUGGUUGGAGAAUAAGUUUUCAGGUUUUAUCCGUGUUUAGAUGAGCAGCGUUUUAUUUGUAUAAUUAGUGAAUAAUUGUACUUUGGGAUUAAACAUCUAUUAAAAAUACCAAAGUAGCAAAUGGAUGUUUGAAAGAGGGGAAUAAUAGUUUUACAUCCACGUUACCUAAUCAAAGCAUCUCAUAGCACCCUCAGUUACUUAGGUUAUUAUGUAUAACGUUUUUGCGGUUGAAAGCGGGGUUGGAAGGCCUGGUAAGAUUGUCUUGGGUCUGUAGGCUGGACACUUUCUUAAAAUAGUACAUGGCAGUCAACAGUUUAGUAUUAGUCCUUUUAUUGUACUGGAACUUCAAGACCAUUGAUUUCAGAGCUCAUUUUCUGUGAUACAUGAGGACCCCAAAGGCUCAAUAAACUUGAUAUUCUUACUCCAUUGUUUUCAGAUCAGUGGAAUUAGGCUUAUGUUGUGUGUUAUAAAAAGCUAUGGUGCAGUCUUACCAGGAACUGAAGCAAGAUAAGCAGCCUUCAGCUACUGCAGCUCACAAACUCACUCCAUUGUUGGUUGGUUUGUGUUUUGUUUUGUUUCUCCCGUUUGAGGAAGAGUUGGGGAAAAGAGUAAGAAAGCACCACCAAUAACUACUGAGGAAAUAUGGGGAAAUAUAUACUGCACUUGUGUAUUCUUUUGAAACAAAGCAGCCCAAUUCUCAUCUUAUUACUAAAGGCUUUGGUAAUGUUCUGUUACAAGGUGUAAGCCUACACUGUCUAAAAUGGUCAGGGUUGUGACUGUAAGGUGUAGAGGUGAAGGAGUGAAAUGAGAAAGGUCCUCCUUUAUUUGACCUUUUUUUUUCAUGAAGAAACUUGGAAACACUCACACAGCAACAGCCAUCUUUAACCUUACUAAUCUCAGGCCUUGGUGAAAACACUAUAUAUUUUGUAGAUUGAAGUUAAAGGGAAAAAAAUACUUGUUCUGUGACGUAUAUAAAAAUUGCUCGUAACCUUUUACCUUCUAGUUUUAACAUUGCAGUAUGACAACCUUUUAUGCUUUGGUUGUGUCCAAAUAUGAAACUAGUUUCAGUUGUUGGUGUUAAGAUACCAGACAGAUACAAUAAGUGGUUUUUAGAUCAGCAAUGAACUCUGACGUACAAUAUUUACAAUGACAUUCCAUGUUCAUUUUGUUUUCCCAUGAGAAACUAAAUAUUAAUUAUAUUACACAUUUGUUCUUAGCAUAUUUGAAGGUUUUGAACCAAAUGUGUUGAAGCUAAUGCUUUGCCAUGUAAAUUUCCCAGCAGUUGAUCUCAAUUGUAUCCUAAAUGCAGCUGUAGAAAGUUGUCAAAUAUUGUUUAAAGUUUUGUACAUAGUUGUACUGUUAUUUCUAGCCACUGUGCUGAACAGUAUUCAAGUUAUCACACAAUAUUGCUUUACACAAGGAAA